CACAGGCAGCCACAUUGCUCUCUUGAGUCGCCGAGUACUUUCAGACACGCUCUCACACUCAUCAGUCACACACACACAUGCACACACUUCACAGCCUGGCAGCCCGCACAGCCAGCACACUCCAGGAUGACAUUGUGCUAAAACACUGCAAGGCAAUCUCAUCAGUUGUUUUCUAAAUCUAAAUUGCAACCAUGCCCAUUCUGAAGAAACUCCCGGGAAGGUCCAAGAGCUGCCACGAGUUCCCCAGAGUCAACGGGGAACUGAUCCUGCCCCGGCUGGACCUGGACCUCAGGGACUUGAACGAUCUAAAUGAUCUGAAGGAACUCAAUGACCUCAAGGAUCUGAACAAGAGUCUGAACCCCUUUGACGAUGUAGACCUGGACGAGGACGAGAGGAACGGUGGUGAUGUGGGCCUCAUCAUGGGGACGGUCAGGGGUAACCUCCAGCUCAGGUCGUCCCGUGAUGGAGAAGAGGAGGAAAAUGAGGUGAACGCAGAGAGGCACGGGGCGGGGAACCCUAAAGGGAAACCCCUCAGAGGGACCCUGGAACGGAUCUGUGGAGUGUCGCCCCUCAAAACCCUUGGAAAACUGGGGAAGGGGCUUCGCAUAUCGGGACGCAACGUAUGGGGGAACAACUCUCCCCACUACAGCCCUGGAGACUCAAACACACUCCCCCCAGAGAGGGAGAAAAGGAAAGGACUACGCAGAAGCUCAGAGGGAAUUAUGACCCUGCUCCGUUUCACAGGUCGACGUAAGGAGGAGCGCAGAGAAAGCCUGCCCUGUGGGGACCUGAGCGCAGGCAAUGAGGUGGAGGCUUCCAGACGGCCCUCCUUCCUCAGGAUGGUCAAUCUGGGCAAGCUGAAGAGGGAAUCCAUGUCAGACAAGGCCUCCCAAGAGGCUGAGGAGGAAACAGUGGAGGAGGAGCCGGUGGUCAAAACUAGAGAGCCACUCUCAGUACUGGAGAUCCUACAGCUGGUCAACCACAGGGACCUCCUCCUGGCCGACACACACAUUCAGGAGUUGGAGCGGGAGUGUGAGCUUCUGUCUCUCCUGCCUACCCCGACAACUCCCACCCUUACCCCUACGCUCUGUCCCAGCACCCCUCCCGCCAUGAUCCCAUUAUCAUCCUCGUCCAUCGAUGACUCCCUCAGCUCCAACGCAACUCUGGACUCGAGCCGGCGGAAGGCUAAGGAUGUGGAGCUCCUGUAUGAGGCGCUGCAGAAGGAAAUGUGGGAUGUAGUGCGGGAGUCCCUCCGUCAGCCCAGCGCCGGUCCCAACCUCGGGCUGGUGGUGCUGGUGAUCCAACAGGAGGAGCAUGCUGAUGCUGCCUGGGCCCUGAGAGAGGAGACCAAGCCAGAGCGAGAGGGCCCGCAGGUCCAGCCCAGCCAUCGUCCCCGUCGACUGAAGAUGAAGUGGAGGCAGGCUGUGGCGGAGGCCGCAGACUGGAGCCUGCCACAUCAGGUGGAUACCCAGGCAGGCCAGCUGGCCUCAUACCUGGAGCGCCUGAGGAGCCGGAUGGUGGAUGACCUUGAUGCAGCACGGAGGAAUGCUGUAUCCAUUUACCCAGAGGAGUUUGCUGCCUUCCAGGUGUAUGUGGAAAGUUACCAUCGAGCCGUGGCCAAACGUCUGCGGACUAUUACCAGCGGCCCGCUGCAGAUCACAGACGUCUACUCACUACUGGACUGGUUCUACAACAUCUAUAACAGGGAUGUUCUAGGAACCAUUGGCACAACAUCACCUAUCAACUACUCCCCUCUGGAAGCCAUUCUGCCGCAAGACACCGUGGACAGGCUGGAACAAGACUGCAUCAGUAUUGUCAGGGAGAAGGUGACAACAGAGCUUAUGCAGGUUCUGGAUGAAGAGGAGAGGCGAUGGGCCCAGUCUCUGCACAUUGAGGAGUAUCAGUCACACCUGGCACGUUCUGUCAUCCAGAGGCUAAAGGUGGAUUUGGACAGAUCCACAUCUGUGAACCAGUUUCUAGGGGCAAGAGUGGCUCGCUGUAGUCUCACAGGACUGGCUGACUUUCUCUAUAAUUUCCAGAGGAAGGUGGAGAUGUUUCAUGAGACUCAGGCAGAAUUCGGAGACCGAGGGGACGGAUAUGUUUCCAGGACCAUAGCUCUGGUCAACUGCUGCCCCCCUCUCAGAUCCUUUGUGGAGCGCUGCAGGCAGUGUGACCCACAGGGCAGCGAGGAGUCAGGGCCGAGGGCCAACUCCUCCCUGGACAGGAUCGUCAACCAGUCAGUCAAGGUGCUCACUGACCGACUGUUUGAGCACAUCAGGCCUUUCUUUGACAAACUGAUAAAGAGAAAAUGGCUGAAUAACACAGAGGCCUUUGAGGCCAUUGAAGCCAGCAUUAAACAGCACUUCAAGAGGUUCAGAAGGAUGGACGCUCCACCAUAUCAGACGCUGGUGGGUGAGGUGCACCGGCGAGUCCUGGUGGAGUAUGUCCGAGCCAUCAUGCGGGGGCGGGUCAUCUGCACAUCCUCCAAGAUGAGGAAGAGGAUGGCUUUCCGUCUGCAAGAUGAGGCCAAACAGCUGAAAGGACUCUUUAAAGAUCUGGAAUCAAGCUCGUCCUGGUUGGAUAGCGUCAUCUGUCACCUGGCUGACAUCAUUCUCUUGGAGGACACUCCCUCCAUCCAGAUGGAGGUGGCUGUCCUGGUGAAAGAGUUUCCAGAUAUACGGAAGAAGCACGUCUCCACCCUGCUGAACAUACGGGGGAUGAUGCGGCAAGCAGAGCGCCAGGAGAUCCUCAACAUUGUCAAAGAUUUCGAAUGCAGCAGUGUCCUCAUGUGCCGGGACCAUGCCCUUUUCUCUGACAUCCCCAUCACCUCAGAGGUCCACUGCAUCAGCCUGGGUUUCCUCCGCCUCGCCAUGACCGUCUCCAACUGGUUCUCGGAGCACCGUCCAAGGCGAAACCGCAGGACAAGUGCCAGAAACGCAAUGCCUCAACCUGCUGAGAAUAUGGAGGACGUGAACAAAUUUCAGACAGAAGACUAGCUGUUGGUGUUUGUGUUAGGAGAGCAGUCACAGACAUGCUGUGAAGAUACUGAUGAGAUGUACAUGCACCUUGACCAAAAACUGUACCACACAUUGUUACCAGCCAUUUAAAGAAACUUGACCUCAGGUACUGCUCGUACUGUACACGCUCACUCACUGACAUUUCUCCAUCUCCACACGUGUGUUUUUAAUGGAAAUGUGAAACUGACUGUGCAUCGUAAUAGCUCAUUAUAAUUUGUAGUUGUUUUUAUUUUGAUCUAAACAAAUCCAGAAAUAAAUAAGUGGUAUAAAAUAUCCUCAAAAUGUAACUUCUUCAAUCUUUGUUAGCCUUUUAUUUUUAUUUUUUUUUUUACUCCACAUCAUUGCAGAAACAACUGCUAGCAGAUGCAAUGCAAUAUGAUUUAGGAUGUUUGCUGUUUUAACAUGUAUUUACCCAACCGUAUAUACCCAUUCUCUGGUAUAUAGUGCAUAUGUAUGUGAGGAAAUAGUGUAAGGAAAUGUAAAUGUGUUGAACUGUCACUGUGAAUGAAAUGGAUCUGUUGCUGGAACCGUAAUAAAAACCCAUUGACUGGGUAGAUUAAA